UCCAUAUCUUUCUUCCUUCUCACAGCUUCUCAUUUUGGCGCACAUUUUGGCGAGCUGGGCAAGCUGUGCGCGUGCGACUGACUGCAUCUGAGCGCGUGGCACGUGUGGAUUGCGUGCUGAUAUUUAUUUGGAUGCAAAGGAAUGAUCUGGAAGCGACUGCAGACUACGUCAGCUUGAAUCAUCAGAAUGCGGCACAGAAGAGGACACAAACUCGAGGAGUAUGCAGAGUACCUCUACGAGCGUUGCCCUGGACUCUCCACGGUCAACAAGAUUCACGCAGACCUUCGUUACAUCAAGGGCAUCAUAAGUGGCAAGAGGAUCAACCACGACCUCCCUUGCACUGAGGGCGCGGGCAAGCUGUGUCAGAUAUGGGGCGACCUCACUCUCUGGAACGAGUUCCUCUGGCUUGUGGACGCACAGCUCCUGGAAGUGACUCCGGGUGUGCUGGGAGUGGUCUGCCUGCAUGGCGAAGUGUCGGCACCCGUGUACGACAACAUCCUCCGGCGCCAUGCAUGCAUGCUUCUGCACUGGCUUGUCAAAGAGCACCGAUGUGUCAAGGUCCUUGAGCUCGAAGGGACUGUCAUUCCCAGGAGCCACCACCUUUUUUGUGACGCGUUGCGCGUGAGCUCAGGAUUGAGACGGCUGAAGCUGCGCAGGUACUACUUCGAAGACACUGUCUCAAAAGCCAUUGUAGGAGCCAUCGGGAGCCUCGCAAUGUUGGAGGAACUAGACAUCUCUAAGCUUAAUUUGUCUAUGGAUGCUGUGAUUGACCUUGCAUCAUUGCUGACGGACAUGAAAUCUCUCAGGUCUUUUUCUUUCUGUGACAUUUCACUGGUGGAGUCCACAGCCCAGAUUUUUUUUGAGAGCUUAGGUAGUGCCAAGCACAUCACAGCUUUGGUUCUUGCAAAAAUCUGUGUGCGCCAUGAUAGAGAGGACGCACCCUUGCCCGAGAGAGUGUAUAAUCCGGAGCCUAUUUUUAAGAUGCUUGAACAGAACACAGUCCUCAAAAAGUUGCAUCUUUGGAGUUUCUCUUGGCUCCCAUCUGAUGCUCAGCCUAUGGUAAAAGCUAUGUCCAAGAAUGCCACCCUGGAGUCGUUGGUGAUUGACGACUUGUUCUGGAGCAUGGACAUUGAUUUCUUUGCAGAGUUGAUGGAGAGCAACACUGGGCUCAAGGAACUGGCAUUGCCAUAUGUCAUCAUCGGGUGUUUCACUCCUUUUGUCAGAGCAAUCCAGAAGAAUUCCAGCCUGCAAAAGCUGACAUUGGGUGUGUCAAAGAUUGAUGCAGCAGAAGCAGAGCUGUUCUUCCAAGCCGUAGCUUGCAGUCAUUCCCUGGAACAUGUGAAUCUGGGGUCAAUUGGGAGGGAAAAUGUCAAGGACUUCUGUAGAAUCCGAAAAGACACAGGAACUGAGACCAGAGUUGAAUUUAAAACUCGAUUUAAAAAUCCAACACUGUGCUGCGAAACCUUUAACAUUUGCAAGAGCCUUGGAAACAUUUGUUUUUCGUUUCAUUAUGAUCAUAUUGAUCCUGCAGUUCUGUGUGGGUUAUUUGAUCAGCUCCAGGUUUGCCAUUGGCUUGCUAAGCUUAGCAUUUCCUUUUACAAGGUGAUCGACGAUGCUUCCGCUGCAUCGCUGGCACGAUAUGUGUCAUCGGCAAAGGCUCUGAAGGACCUUGAGCUCGACUUCGAAACAUCCGAGUCAACCUUGCCAGUUCUUCUUGAGGGCAUUUCUAGUAACAAGAGCAUUUCCAAGCUGUCCCUCAAUCCAUGGGCCUUUGAUGUACCUGAGUCACAGAUGUUUGGAGCUAUGCUAAAGGCCAGCAUGACCUUGAAUGAGCUUACACUGAGGGCAUCGCACUGUUCGGAAUCUGACGACGAAUUCUGGGAUGACCCAAGCUUUGCGAUUCUGUUGUAUAUUCCGAGCUGUCUUUCGCAGAACUAUACAGUGAUUGAUGUGGACAUUAGUGAUCACCGCAAAGCAGAAGAGGAUAUGUUUCGUGUCAAGGACACCAUGCGACGCAACCUGUCCUUUUUGCAACGUGCUGCACAGUUUGCAAUGGGAGUGCGAAGCAAGCAGUGUGCAGAAGCAUUUGAGCGUGUGCAUCGAAGCGAGGCCUUGGUGACAAAGCUGCAGGAACUGGCUUGUGUGACAAAAGCUGAGGCCAGAGAAAAGAUUAAAAGUAGUUUGAGAGAUCUGGAUGAGAAUUUCUUGGUUAUGGCUGGUGUAGUCAGGAAAAAGGUUGUCUGUGUUGAGCCGACAUCGGGACAGAUCACGUUGGAUAGGAUCGGGGUCGACAACUGGCUUCAGAUUCGGUCCUACCUCAAGGUGGGCGACGUCUUGGACGAACCGGUGGCAGAGUGUCAAAAGGCUCCUGCCAAGCGUCGUCAUGUUCGCAAACGAAAGCUCGAAGCUGUAUCAAGUUGAGUUGGUUUUUGUCGGUAUUGUUCAAGUUCUCUAAUCAAGGUGCACUGACAGCGUCAGCUCUCUACUGUUCCCUUCUCAGUACCUUUCAUUGCCUUUAAAUGUCACGGAUGGUUUCAUGUCAUGUAUCGUUGAAUUUACUAAUGAUUCAUAGAAAUGUCACAUAUUAAACCAACAGUGAGUUUUCAGCUGAAGCAAUUUGGUCAAGGGAGAGUGCAUUGAGGGCCUUUUAAUAGUCCCUAGAAAUGUUUCAAUGACUGAGAUUUGCCGUAUGAGUUUGAAUUGUUUGUGUGUGUGAGUAUAGUUACUAGUACAUCAGAUUCUUGUUUUUCAUUGUAAUGUCUCUUCUGUACACAUGGUGUGUUCCAGGUUACAUAAAUGAGAUGUCAUGAAAUGGGAUUCUAGGUAUUCUACAAUUGAUCCAAGUAGGCAUAUUUGGGGUACUCUGAGAAAUUGGUAUGAGAGGAGUUGUUUGUGCAGAUGAGUUUCAUGGGUAAUAAAUAAAUUAUGUUCACACGCUGA